GGGGAGGUGGGUUGAAAAACAGCAGCUCCCUGGGAGCAAAAUAGCCCCCAAGAAGUUGCAAACCUCUUUGGUGGAGGGAAGAGUCAGACCUUAGGGUGGUCCUGGUGGAGGAAGGCUAAGACUUUAGAAUAUGGCUAACGGGGCUCCAUGAAGGAGAUCCCUGGACAGAGGUUCACAACCAGUAAGGAUUUUGAUUUCAAAGAGCCAGUGGGAAGGGAUUCCUUAGCCUGGACGGCCUCUUCCAUGCUCAUCUCCCAUCAGCAAAGCAGAACAGACGCAUCGGGCUCUGCCGGCCAGAGAGAUUUUGUGGAGUAGGAGGCAUCGUGGUUCUGCUUCCAAGCGGUGGGGCUUGAACACAGGGACCUGUCUUUGCACCUUUGGGAGUAUGUCAACAUUGCUGCAAGCUGCAGAUGGGGCCACCGAUGGGAUACCACCAAGAGCUCUGGCUGGGACACCCAGCACAGAGAGUGGAGGAGAGAAUGGUGAGGUUUCUCAGUGCAAAUCUUCAGAUUCCAGCAGUGAGGAGGAGGCCAACGUGGGGAAGAAGAAGCCACGUAGGCAGAGGACUCAUUUCACUAGCCAGCAACUCCAGGAGCUGGAGGCCACUUUUCAACGGAAUCGCUACCCAGACAUGACCACCAGGGAGGAGAUUGCAGGCUGGACCAAUCUGACGGAGCCCAGGAUCAGGGUUUGGUUUAAGAAUCGCAGAGCCAAGUGGCGGAAAAAGGAGCGUCACCAGCAGACAGAGCUCUGUAAAGGGCCGUUCAGCUCCCAGCUCAACGUCUUGACAAGGAACCCAUAUGAGGACCUUUACCCAACCUACGCCUACAGUACCUGGGCUCCCAAGGGGCUGCAUGCCAACCCCAUCCAUAGCAAAGGGUUCCAGCUCUUCAACUCCGUGAACAUCAAUUCCUUUCCACCCCAAGGUGUGUUCCCAGCAGCUUCAGCAGCCUCCACAUCUGGUGUCCCAUCUCUGGAAACCUUCAACAGCCUGGCAAGCCCUUCUGGGCCUCCCAGUUCACCGUAUGGACCGAGUGCCUCACAGUUCUUGUACAGAGACCCCUGCAACUCAAGCCUGGCUGGUUUGAGACUCAGAGCAAAGCAGCCACAGGCCCCCCUCAACUAUGGUUCUCCUCAAAAUCCAGCCUUGGGGCCCAGCUCCAGCCACUACAAUUUGGACAGGCCAGUGUGAUGUUGGGGCCCAAAAGAAGGAUAGCCUGACGUGUUUCCUUAGAGCUCUUACUGGCAGUGGUUUCCGGGAAGGGUUUGCCUCCAUAGUUUCUCUGCAAGGGUUGAACAGGAUUCACCAGCCCUGGAAAGAUGAUCACGUCUAGCCUCUUUCAAUCUGGAUAUUGCCAAAUAACCACCUUUCAUAAGACUUUUCACACAGUCACCUUUCAUGGAGACAGUGCCUUCUCUGAAACUUCAGAACCUGAAGGCUACAAACUGCCAAUGUUAUUCCGGUUUAAUCUGAACCAAGUUGUGUCAGAUGCCCAAUGUAUUUUUACUUCUUUAGUAGGAGGCCAGAGAAAGUGAAUGGCAGGACUUGGGUCAGGCAUAUAGUACUGUUAAAGGGGGGAGCUCAUCUGUUAUGACCAAAAGCAGAACCCCAAAUGAGGAGUGAUGAGGGAACAGAGGAAAAGCAAAUCUAAGAAAGCCAGUAGGAUACUUGGUGUUGUGUUGGUUUACUGUUCUGAUCCAGUCAGGUCAAUUUCACCCACUCCAUUAACUCAUUGAAGCCUCAGAUAGUCAUUCCCAAACUGGACUGCCUCUCAGUCAUUGGAGCAGGAAACAUUUGAUCUCUGGGUUGUGGGUUCAAGGCCAAUGUUGGGCGAAAGAUUCCUGAGUUGCAGGGGUUUGGGCUGGAUGGCCCUGGCGGUCCUUUCCAAUUCUACAAUUCUAGGAUUCAAAGGUUGAGGGGACUCGGGGCAAAACGAUGGUGCUCCCUUUCACCACAUAUGCCUACAUUGGGGGCCCUUUUACAAUUAGAAAUAUGUACUGGGGGCCGGUUUCCUGAAACAUCUUGGUUCACCUCCUCCCAAUGCCCUUGAAGUUGAGUUGUUCCAGGGCACUAUAGAGGAAUAAAAUGACCACAAAAUAUGGUAACGCUGGGGUUGCUGUGUUUCUGUGGCAGUGGUCUUUUUUGGGAAGGAGAUGCUUUCCUCGCACUCGGCCUCUUCCAUUGAUCGGUUUGGAGAGUCCCUCAGCAGCUUCAGGACCUCAGCACUUGCUGAAACCUGUGCUGCCUCCCCCCCCCCCCCCCCCGAGAUCAUUUAUAUCCAACAUGUUUUGAAGAUUUGGCCAAAUUUAACAUUUAUUGUUUUCAUUAUCAAAAGGGGGGAAACCAUCUCUCUGCAAAGCUAGGAGGGUAGGCCAUUGUAGCCUUCUUCCACUAAAGAGCCACAACAUCUCCACCCUCAUGUAUGUAUGUCAUAUAAGCUAAUCACUGCCUGAUUGCCUUGAACUACUCAGGAUUGCUCUGAGCGAAUUUUCUAGAGGUGGUCUGUAAGGGUAGGGGGGAAAUUUGAUUCAAUUUGAAGUUAAAGGCAAAGCUGACUAAUUCACACUGUUUAAUAAAUAUGUGAACCAAAACACAGUUGUCCUUUGAAAUUCAUGCUUCUCCAGAUUUUACAAUGCAGAUCUUCAGCCAAAUACAAAAAUGCACAUAGUAAAGCAUGCAGAAAAAUGUAUGCAUUGGUGAAAAUAACACAAAAAGCAUUAUGUUAGGGGAUAUUGCUUUUCAAACUAGUGUAUAUUAACAUAAAAUUGCAUGUGAAUAUUAGGAUAAAUUUGCACUAAAAUGCUGGUGAAUUUUCAUGUGGGCUUAUUUUUUAAGAAUCUCAGACUGAUGUGGAAAUGUGGAGAAGUGAAUUUAAGACUGGGAAAAACGAGAAAAUAAGGGAACCUGAAGGUGGCAGUUUUGCCCUCUCCUGAUAGUUUCCCGCCUGCGCUGACUAUAUUAGUUUGCAUGGGAGAUGGAAAACCCAUUCAGCAUAAACCUUCCCAGGCUAGUUUUGCCCAAGCCUUUCUAUAGUCAUCAGGGGGAUGAACCGCUUCUGACUGCUCAUGCUUUCCUUAUAGUCGCUGAUCCGUUUUGACAGUGGCACUGCUAUAAUGGUUAAAUAGAUUUCCUCCUUCCUCCUCCUCCUGUUCUUUUCCUUUGUGAAGUUUUUUAUUAAGUUUCCCAAAAUUUCACACAUAGAUUUCAAUACAUAAUAACCCCCCGACUUCCCACCCCCAUUUCCAUGGUGUUUCUGUUUCUCUCCCUGUGCUGUACCCUGUCAUCUCCUCCUCCUGUUGUUUGUUUCCUUAGAACAUGUGUUGAUAGGGUCUAAUCGUGACCAGGUGGCCUUCCACACUCUGGAUGCAACUUUGAGAAAUGGCCUGAAUAAAGAGUCUUGAAAAACUUUGUAUCCAUACAAAUAGGCAUGAAGUUUGCCCAUUUUAUCAUACUGUGAUAAAGACUGCCUGAAUGCCAUGUGAUGCCCUGUCAAUAAACCUUUUUUAUUUAUUUCACAAA